CGCGCAGAUCCAGAUCCCGUUGACUACAGGCUUUGCAUGCUGGGUCAAGUCGUUCGUAGACUCUUCGUCUUUUCUUAUCUUCCUCCGUUUGUUGGCCUUGCUUUAUGCUUGGUCGCACCCUGCGUGUUACCAAGCAGGCUUCCAAGUUAACUCAAUCUCUGGAGAUAGUUUGUUCGUAGACGUGUAGGUAGAAAACGGUGAAAGGAAGCUGCGGAGUUCAAGACAAAGACGUGCUCACGGGAGAGGACAAAAUGUGCAGUCCCGGAGUUGUUCCGAUCUUCAAGAAGCAGAGGCCUGGUGAAGGCGAACCUCAGGAUGAUACCAUCCCUGUUGACUACGAGCAUGUCGCAGGUGACAUGAGUAAUUAUGUGUUUGGUGACGCUCUGGGAACGGGAGCUUACGCCAAGGUCUUGCUUGCCAAGGUCCGCAGUACAGGUGGAAAGGUUGCUGUGAAAGUUGUGAACAGACGGAAAGCACCGAAGGACUACCUGAAGAAGUUCCUGCCACGCGAGAUCGAGGUGUUGCAGAAGUUACACCAUCCGAAUUGCGUCAAGGUUUAUGAGAUUUUCGAGCACGAUGAAAAGGUCUAUUUCUUUAUGGAACUGGCCGAGAAUGGAGAUCUGCUGGAGUAUAUCAACUCUCGUGGCUACAUUCCUGAGGAGGAGGCUCGACGGCUUCUUAUCCAGCUGCUGGACGCUCUGGAGUAUUGUCAUACACUUGGCAUUGCACACAGAGAUCUGAAAUGCGAGAAUCUGCUGCUCGACACUGAAUUCAACAUCAAGGUGUCUGACUUUGGCUUUGCCACGCAGUUCAACAAGGAUCAGCUGCUGAAAACAUUCUGCGGAUCAUGCGCCUACGCAAGCCCAGAAAUCCUAUACGGGCAGCCUUACGACGGUCGCAAAUCAGACAUGUGGAGCAUUGGUGUUGUGCUCUAUGCUAUGGUCUGCGGCAAGUUACCAUUCAAUGAUGCUGACAUGAAAACACUGAUUCUCCAGAUUAACAGCAGAAUUAGCUUCCCGAAGAGGGUCAGCAGAGACUGUCGUGAUCUGAUCCGUCGAAUUCUGGCUGUGAACCUUGGAGAGAGAAUAACCAUGGAUGAUGUCAGGGAUCAUGUCUGGUGUCAGUCUCAGCGACGAUCAAGCUUGACUCUGGCUCCUUGGCCUCCGAUGCCAAAGGCCACUGGAAUCGAUGCUCGCAUGGAGAAUGGUGGUAAGAAGUACGAGUCACAGCUGCCAUCUUUGUUAGGUGACAUGAUGAACAUGGCGCUGGAAGUCAAACCUUCUCGCAACGUUGACAAGCCAUCCGACCAGAAGACUCGUCGUGCCACCAUUGAUCCGUCUGAAUUGACCAAGGGUGGCAAGUCGGAUUCAGCAAGGAACCGUGCAAAGGGCAAGGCACAUGAUAAGAGGGCCCAGGCUGUUGCUGAUGCAAACAUGGCAGAUCAAGCCGAAGCUGCUGCUGCAGCAAAGAAGGACUCAGUAGCUCGUGAAGAAGAGGCUAGGGCUGCUGCAGCUGCCGCUGCUGCUGCUGCUGAGCUGCAGAAAGAGCAGUCGGCACCUCGUCGGGUCAAGGUGGAAAUCAAAGAGGAAGACGCCGGAAAGAGUCCGAUGCGUCAGAAUGCCAUCAACUUUGACGAUGAGGACUUCUACCAACAUCGUGAACGUUCUUCUACUAUGUCCGGACCAAGUGCUCGUGAUGGCGAUCCACUCAAGCGCCGAGUGUCCUGGAAGCAGCGGCUACGCUUGCCCUGGAAGGCUGGCAGAAAAAGCGAAAAGAGUGGAGAUUCGUCAGCUCCCAGCUCGCCCAAGCCAUGAAGCACUUCGUCAACGAAGGGUAUCACAAAAUGACACAACGAAUUUGGUUAUAUUUUCACCUUUCUUGGAUCGUGGUUGUCGGACAUCUAGUCUGCAACUGAGUGCCUGUAAGCAAUUGAUGUGGACGUGGAGUUUCCUAUACUUUCAUCUACACCUGAGCAAUUAGUCUGUUGAGAGUUUCCCUGUGCAAAUGUGUUUCUUGAGGUCGGUCUCCAUUCUCCAUGCAUUGGUGUGUCCAUCUUCUGGAUUGAGUGAUGUUGCAAAAAAGAACUGCGGGGAAAUACGGGAAGUUACUCCUGGUGCGCUCUUCAUUUGGAAGCCUACAGUUUGUAGUUCAUCUCAUCAGGAUCAGGGAGUUUGUUCGUCGGGUUAGUUUAUUAUUGUCUUGCUGUCACCCAUUGUAUUGAUCUAUUUUAACACGUUUAUCGAACUGUCUACUCUCCCUAGGCUCGUUCUUGGCCAACAUCCAUCCUUGGAGAAAGCUUGCCAGCAAUCAGUCAGUUAGUUUAGUUAUUUUUCUUUCCAUCGGCUUCUUGCUUAUUCUGUCCCCACACUUUUGCCAGCGUUACCACACUAGACAUUUUUCGGAUUCUCCUUAGUAAUUAUGCCAUGCCUGGCCAGAUGCCCAAACAAACCUUGAAUAUACAAUUGGUGGCUUCUUUGAUAAUGCAUCGAGGCACAGGCUUGCGUGUCGCUAUAAUUUUUUUGCUUGCUAGGUGCCGGCAAUCAGCCCAGUGUAAUAGAGUAAUGCUAGUUUAUUUUGUCUCCUGCUCUUCAUGUGCAGUGUAUCAUUCUGUCUAAUUAAAUUUCAUAUGUUCACAUUGAGUAGAUUGUGCUCUUGUACUUGA